UAUGGCGGCUUCGUUCAUGCGGCAUGAAAACACUACAUGACAAAGAUACAUUGAAUUCCUCGUGCAUUUAUAGUUUUUUGUUUCAUUGAAUCACAUGAAUUCCACCUAAGACAAAUAAAUCAUGUCAGGCGAAAGUCGUAGGUCAACCGCCGCUCAGUUCUUCAUUGAGGAGGAUGCAGAAGCAGAACAGACAACAUCGACAUAUGAACGGGUGGUGGAGCUCCUGAAUCAGGCUUCCUUAGCCCAGAGAGAUGCCCAAAAGAUCAGCAAUCUCAGACAGGUUCAAGAGCUGAUUGUUCAUAAAGAUCCAACACUUCUUGAUAAUUUCUUAGAUGAAAUUUUGGCUUUCCAAAGUGACCGAGCAGUGGAUGUGAAGAGAUUCGUGAUUGGCUUCAUGGAAGAAGCAUGCAAAAAAGACCCAGAAAUCCUCUCCAAGGUUCUUCCUAGCCUGAACAUGCUCUUGGCAGACGAGAACGUCAAUGUCCAGAAAAAGGUCAUUCUGUCAUCCAUCCAAAUGUUCAAGUGUACGGUACAGUGGCUGAGCAAGGCCAAGACCGCGACUGCAGAGAAGACGGCAUCGUGGGAACAGAUGCACACACUCAAAUCUCGCCUCUUUGAAAUGCUGGACUCGGAAAAUGAUGGAAUCCGAACUCAUGUUGUGAAGUUCCUGGAGACUGUCGUCCUUGUUCUCUCCAAGAGAUCUGCAGACUCUGAUGCCCAGAAGCAGAAGGAGGGGGACGUGUCCCUAGAUAUGAUUCCUGAUGGUCGCCAUUACCUCAAACAGAAGAAGCUAGAAGACCAGGGCUUGAAAACAUUUGAGAUGAUGCUUCAUUUCCUUGGUUCCCCUCACAUCUCCAGUAUCAACCUGAUGACUGUGAUGGGAGCGUUAACAAACGUAGCUCGACAGAGACCGCUGUUCUUCGACCAGGUUGUCCAGGCUUUUGAAGCCCUCCAUGUGAACCUGCCGCCAACUCUGGCCAAGUCUCAAGUAGCCAGUGUGAGGAAGAACCUAAAGAUGCACAUGAUGAGUCUCCUAAAGCACCCCGCUUCUGUCGACCAUGUCACCCAGAUCACAACACUGCUCACUGACCUUGGAGCCAGCCAGUCAGAGGUGAGCAAGUAUCUGCCGAAAGUUGACGAAAGUCGGAAGAGAAAGAAUGAUGAGCCAUCGACAUCUAGCAAGAAAGCCAAGGUGGAGGAGGAUGCUGCCGAUGAAGAAGACGAUGACAUUGGUAUGACACCAUGGUCAAGUCGUAAUGAGUCCAACCGACCAACCGGUGCGAGUCGUCAGACUGCCAUCGAUAUAACAGCUGAUGAUCUCUGUCCUCGUCUGUCUCCACAGAAUGUUGCAGACCUUGUCCUUCUCAGUAUGGUGAUGCUCCCCGACACAGCCCCUGCCCAGUUCCAGGCCACCUACACCCCCAUUGCCGCUGCUGGUACCGAGACACAGAUCAGACAUAUAGCCCGUCUCCUAGCAACACAACUGACCAUGGCAGGCAUGGGCAAGGGACUUGGGGAACUCCAGAGAACAGCCAUGGAGCAGGGCAUAUCCGGAGAUGGAGAUACAUCACCUUCCUCUCCUAGUAACUUUGAACCAACAUCACCCAAACAGCUCAUCCAAACACUAGUUGGGGGCACAGUUAGUAUUUCUGAUCAAGAAGAGUUCAAGAAGCCGGAACCAAUCACUGCCCCAGUUGUGCAGCCCAGGAAGGGGGUGAUCCGCCAGUUCAAGCUGUCCUCCGUUACACACCCGCUGGACUCCGAGAAGCUGGACUCCAUGACGCUGGCCACUGUCAAGAGAGUCUUCAACACCGAGAAGAUUGCCAUCCAAGCCCAUGUGCCAGCUGCUCGCACCAAGAUCCUGGCCUGUCUGACUGCAGCUUUUGGGGGAGAGCUUAAAGAUGUGAUGCAGACGUUCAUAUUUGAGGACCUGCGUAACCGUGCCGACCUGGCGUUUGCAUGGCUGUUCCAGGAGUAUGCCAACUGCCAGGGUUUCAGUGUGUCAGCCCCACUGGGGGAGAGACCCACUCUGCACAGCUACGACGAGUGUCUCACACGGCUGCUCACAGGCCUCCUGGAGGCUCAGGACCAGAAGGACGGAUUGUUUGGUCGUCUCAUGAUGGAAGCCCCGGUGAUCACAGACAAUGCCACUCACAUCCUCAAGCGAUACUGCCAAGACCCGGGUCGACUAGACGUAGGGAUGGCAGUGUUGAAAGACCUGAUUCUGAUGCGGCCAUCCCAGAGGCUCAGGUUCCUAGAUGUCCUGCUGGAUCUGACAUCACACUACGAGGCCGAUGUACGGAACAUGGCAAUUGAGACAACCAAAGAGUUAUAUAAUAAACCCAGCAUGCAGUUUCCAGUAGAGAAAUACGCUCUAGUUCACCUGAAGAAAUUGUUGCUACCACGACCACCAUCAGACUCCAAUCAAACCAUCCGUGUCCUCCGCUCUACACUCUCAGUGGACAUCAUAGAACACUGGACAGAGGAUGUGAUAAAAUCUCACCUGUACCUCUACCUGGGACUCCUACCAGCAAACCACAGACUCAUACACGAGUUGGCCAACGUGUACACCGCCACUUCCGCCGAUAUCAAGCGAACCAUCCUGCGAGUAUUGGAGAUACCAGUGAAGGGUAUGGGGAUGCAGUCACCGGAGCUGCUGACCAUGGUAGAGAACUGCCCCAAAGGAGCUGAGACGCUGGUGAUGAGAGUCAUCCACAUCCUCACAGACAAGACUUUGCCGUCCUCGGAGUUAGUGGAGAGAAUUCGAGACCUGUACCAGAAACGAGUGCCCGACGUCCGCUUCCUGAUCCCAGUACUUACCGGUCUCACCAAGGUUGAGGUGAUCAGUGCCCUGCCCAAACUUAUCAAGCUGAAUCCAAUGGUGGUGAAAGAAGUCUUUCACCGGCUCAUGGGCGGUUAUGGUGACAGCACAGCCAGUUACACCUCCCCCCUCACACCAGCGGAGUUGUUGGUAGCUCUUCACAACAUCGACCCCGCCAAGUGUGACAUGAAGACAAUCAUCAAAGCGGCCAACCUGUGCUUCAGUGAGAAGAUGAUCUACACACAGGAAGUGUUGGCUAUCGUCAUGCAGCAGCUGAUGGAGCAGACGCCGCUGCCAACGUUGCUGAUGAGAACAGUACUGCAGUCAUUAUCCAUGUACCCACGACUCAUCGGCUUUGUGAUGAACAUCCUACAGAGACUCAUCAUUAAACAGGUGUGGAAACAGAAGAAGGUGUGGGAAGGGUUUGUCAAGUGCUGCCAGCGCACCAAGCCCCAGUCCUACCAGGUGCUCCUGCAGCUCCCGUCCUCCCAGCUGAAGAACGCCUUUGAGAUCUGCCCCGACAUCCGCGAGCCGCUUCUUUGUCACGUGAAAGCAUUCACUUCUCAGCAGCAAGCCCACAUCCCAAAGGGCAUCAUGACAGUGUUGGAGACAGAUCCGCUAGAGGAACAGCGUAAAGCAGAAGCAGCACGUAUUGAGGCAGAGAAAAAGGCCAAGCAGAAAGAGGAAGAGGAGACGUUUGCCAGGGUGGAAGCUGAGCGACUAGCUCGGGAAAAGGUGGAGAAAGAAAAAAGCGAAAAGGAGAGAGCAGAUAGGGAAUUGCGGGAAAAGGAGAAAUUGGAAAAAGAGAAACAGAAGGCUGAAAAAGACAAACUGGAGAGAGAAAGGAAAGAAAAGUUAGACCUGGAGAAGAAGCAACAGUUGGAGAAAGAACAGAGGGAGAAGGAGGACCAGGAGAAGGCUAUAAAGAAGGAGAAACAAGAUGAGGAAGAAAAGCAGAGGCAAGAAAAAGAAAAGGAAGAAGUAAGGAAAAAGAAAGAAAGGGAAGAAAAAUGGCAUUAGGAAAAAGCAGAAAAAGACAGAUUAGAACAAGAAAGAACUGAAAUGGAGAGGUUGAAGAAAGAGAAGGAGAGACAAGCCAAAAUUGAGGAGGA